CCGCCAUCUUGCUUCCGGGCAACGUCGCCAUCUUGGUUGCGGGCGGCGGGGCGGGGCCGUGAGGCGUUGCGGGGCCGGGCCGGGGGGCAGUCCGUCCUUCUUCCCUGCGCGCGGUUCUGGCGGUGGCUGGGUGUCCUGUGGCUGUGGUAGGAGCAGAGAUGGAGGCCUCGAAGCUGUUUGCCACAGCCGUGCCCGAGGAGCAGCUGGAGGACGGCUGGGACCGGGCCCUGCGGAGGCUGUUCGGGCCCAGCCAGUGCCUGCGCAGCGUGGAGAGCCCCAGGGAUGUGGGAAACCUUCCCGCCAUUGUGCAGGGCAGGAUGCAGGAGCACUGGCAGAAAGGACGGGGUUUCUCCUCUUGUGGCCAGUGGGAGGAAGCCAUCAUCUGCUAUACAAAAGCCAUCAACCUGGAUCCGCAGCGGGCAGAGCUGUAUGAGCAGCGGGCAGAGGCUUUCCUCCAGCUUUGUGACUUCCAGUCGGCCAAGCUGAACUUAAUGAAGGUGCUUGCAUUGGCACCUGCACAGGAGCAGCACUGCCUGGCUCGUCUGGCUCUUGUCCUUGACCUGCAGGGCCAGUGUCUGCUGGACCAGGAGCUCUACAGUGAAGCCCUGGAGUCCUUCACACAGGCGGCUGAACUGCAGCCUCACUGCAGGGUGUUCCACCAGAGGAGCAUCGUGUGCCUUGCUGCCCUUGGUGAGUUCCCAGAAUUCCUCCGGGUGCUUAACAGAGAACUGGAGGAGGAUGUGAGGAACCCUGAUAUGUAUGUGCUCCGUGCCUUCUUCUACAAGCGGUUUGGGCAGCUGGCCCUGUGCCACCAGGACAUCCAACGGGCACUGGAGCUGGAGCCGCAGCACAGAGCUGCCCAGGCUUUGUGGCAAAGGCUGCUGAGACAAGGCCAGGAGGCCAAAGCCCAGGCAGUGUUGAAGGCUCUGUGUGGAGACCUGCGUGGGGCCCUGUAUGAGAUCAGCUUUGCUAUUGAGAGUGACCCCUUGGCUGCUGAAUUCUUCACCCUCAGGGGGACCCUUCUCCGACAGCUCAAGAAUUUCAGUGCAGCCAGCAAGGACUUAGCCAGAGCAAGGGAGCUGAGCACAGUGGGGAGCCCAGAGGCCUGGGAGGUUCAGCGGCAGCUGGUGCUCACCUACAAUGAUUGCGCUGUACACUGCUAUGCCCUGGGCCAACUUGAUGAGGCUGUAAAGCUCCUUGGUGAAGCUCUGCAAAAUGAAAGGACAGAGCAGGGACUCUACGCCAACAGAGGAGGCAAGUGGCUGGGCUGGUGGUCACAGCAGGGUAACGUCAGUGGCUUGUGGAUAAUGCUGGGGUGUCACACAACAGUGGCUGGCACUCAGGCAGUGAAUGUCUGCAGAGAGAGGUCUUGCUCUGCAGACCUGUGGCAAAAGCAGGAGGUGGGGCAGCUGGGUUCUUCCUUGAUCCUGAUCCCAGUGCACUGUGAGGAUACAUUCACUGUUUCAGUGUUUCAGCAGCGGGAAGGGGAUGAGGAGUGGGGAUUUGCCACUGGUGUUUCUACUCCUUCUCCAUGUAGUCUGUUCUGGGGCACAGCUGGCAACUGCUGCUCUCCCCCAGAUCAGGCUGCAUGUGCUGGUUGUUGCAGUGCAGAGCUUUUGGCUAUGAUGCUGAAACCUGGGGUGGGCUGGACGAGAGGUGUGUGUUUCCCACUGGCUCUAGACAAAGCCCUGGGACAACAGCCAGCCCCUCUCAGUUGCUGAGAUAGCCCUGCUUCUCUGCAGAUUGCUUCUUUUGCCUGGGGGAGCUGACCUAUGCGCUGGCAGAUUACCAGCAGGCACUGGAGCUGAGUCCAGGGAACCGUGCUGUGCAGGGACGUGUUGCAGCCGUGUUGCAUGAGAAGGGCUGGCAGGACUUGGCAGCCAGGCGGUUCCUGCAGGCAGAAGCUUGCUUUACUAUGGCCAUUGAACACGACCCCCGAGAAGCACUGUACUACCUGUGCCGUGCCAUGGCCAAGCGGUGCCUAGGGAAGGUGGAGAGCUCGAGGGAGGAUGUUGCACUCAGUCUGUGGCUCAGCCCCACGGAUAGCAAGAUCCUUUCCCUUGCACAACACCUCUUUCCAAGAAAGACUGUCCAGGCUAUCCUGAGGAGCCUUGCCCAACAAACUUCGGAUAAAACACUUGAGUCCUCCAAGACUUCCAUCUGAUGAUGCCUGAUGGACAGAAACAGUAGGUCUGCACAUAAGUGGCACUCCUGUGAAGCUGAGCAGAGCUGGUUCAUCCAGUGCCUGCAAGGUCUGACCAGCAGAAGGACA